AUGAAUAUCGAACAACUUGCUUGUGGAGAUGAAAAUGAACGUGAGGCUGGUGACAUUCCUGAUAAAGACGUACUUUCCGUUCGCUUUGUCUCUACGCACAUACAUCGAGCCGUGUGCAGAAGGAAAGAUUACUUGUCUUGGCUUCGAGUCACGGACUGGUGUAAGAUGUGA